AGCGCGCGCGCCUUGCGCCGGUUUGGUUUCCGCCGCGCGCCGCUUUUGCCGCGAAAAAGUUGUCAGUAGGUUCCGGCGGGGAGCGAGCGCAGCAGCAGCCGCGAUGUCCGGCUUCGACGACCCCGGCAUUUACUACAGCGACAGUUUCGGGGGAGACGCGAACGUGGACGAGGGGCAGGUUCGGAAAUCGCAGCUGCAGAAGCGUUUCAAGGAAUUCCUGCGGCAGUACCGGGUGGGCACGGACCGGACGGGCUUCACUUUCAAAUACAGGGAUGAGCUCAAACGGCACUACAACCUGGGGCAGUACUGGGUGGAGGUGGAGAUGGAAGACCUGGCCAGCUUUGAUGAAGAUCUCGCGGACUAUCUGUACAAGCAACCAGCAGAGCACCUGCAGCUGUUGGAAGAAGCAGCAAAAGAAGUCGCAGAUGAGGUCACUCGUCCUCGUCCCUCAGGGGAGGAGACUCUCCAAGACAUCCAAGUGAUGCUGAAGUCAGAUGCCAACUCAGCCAACAUCCGCAGCCUGAAGUCUGACCAGAUGUCCCACCUUGUGAAGAUCCCUGGGAUUGUAAUUGCAGCAACCCCUGUGAGAGCCAAAGCCACCAGAAUCACCAUCCAGUGCCGCAGCUGCCGCAACACCAUCAGCAACAUCUCGGUGCGCCCGGGCCUGGAGGGCUACGCUCUGCCCAGGAAAUGCAACACAGAACAAGCUGGCCGCCCAAGGUGCCCUCUGGACCCUUACUUUAUCAUGCCAGAUAAGUGCAAGUGUGUGGAUUUCCAGGUCCUGAAGCUGCAGGAGUCACCAGAUGCCGUGCCACACGGGGAGAUGCCCCGGCACUUGCAGCUCUACUGUGAAAGGUACCUGUGUGACAAAGUUGUCCCAGGGAACAGAGUCACUAUCAUGGGGAUCUACUCCAUCAAGAAAUCUGUGCAGAGCAAGAACAAAAGCCGUUACAAUGUGGGGGUGGGCAUCCGGAGCGCUUACAUCCGCGUGGUGGGCAUCCAGGUGGACACAGAGGGCUCAGGACGUAGCUUCACUGGCUCGGUGACCCCUCAAGAAGAGGAGGAACUCCGUCGCCUUGCUGCCACACCCAACAUCUACGAGACCAUUGCCAAGAGCAUCGCGCCCUCCAUCUACGGCAGCACCGACAUCAAGAAGGCCAUCGCCUGCCUCUUAUUUGGAGGCUCCCGCAAGAGGCUCCCGGAUGGGCUGACCCGCAGAGGGGACAUCAACUUGCUGAUGCUGGGGGACCCUGGCACAGCCAAAUCCCAACUGCUGAAGUUUGUUGAGAAGUGUUCACCCAUUGGGGUGUACACCUCAGGAAAAGGCAGCAGUGCUGCUGGCUUGACAGCCUCGGUGAUCCGUGACCCUGUCUCCAGGAAUUUCUUCAUGGAGGGAGGAGCCAUGGUGCUGGCAGACGGGGGAGUGGUGUGCAUCGAUGAGUUUGACAAGAUGCGGGAGGAUGACCGUGUGGCCAUCCAUGAGGCGAUGGAGCAGCAGACCAUCUCCAUUGCCAAGGCAGGAAUCACAACCACACUGAACUCCCGCUGCUCUGUUCUGGCAGCUGCCAACUCCGUCUUUGGGCGCUGGGAUGAGACCAAGGGCGAGGAGAACAUUGAUUUUAUGCCCACCAUCCUGUCCCGGUUUGACAUGAUCUUCAUUGUUAAGGAUGAGCACAAUGAGGAGCGAGACAUGACACUGGCCAAGCACGUCAUGUCCUUACACGUGAGUGCCUUGACGCAGACCCAGGCCGUGGAGGGCGAGAUCGAGCUGAACAAGCUGAAGAAGCUCAUCUCCUUCUGUCGGACGAAGUGUGGCCCUCGGCUGUCGGCAGGGGCGGCGGAGAAGCUGAAGAACCGCUAUGUCCUGAUGCGCAGCGGCACCCGCCAGCACGAGCAGGAGAGCAACCGCCGCUCCAGCAUCCCCAUCACUAUCCGGCAGCUGGAGGCCAUCGUGCGCAUUGCCGAGUCCCUGGCGAAGAUGAGGCUUCAGCCCUUUGCCACCGAGGCAGAUGUUGAGGAGGCCUUGCGGCUCUUCCACGUGUCCACUCUCGAUGCGGCCAUGUCGGGCAACCUGUCAGGGGCAGAAGGCUUCACGACCCAGGAGGACCAAGAGAUGCUGUCCCGCAUUGAGAAGCAGCUCAAGCGCCGCUUUGCCAUCGGCUCCCAGGUGUCCGAGCACAGCAUCAUCCAGGACUUCCUGCGGCAGAAAUACCCAGAACAUGCCAUCUACAAGGUGCUGCAGCUGAUGAUGCGGCGGGGGGAGAUCCAGCACCGCAUGCAGCGCAAGGUCCUGUACCGCAUCAAGUGACCUCCCUGUCCCAGGCUCCAGGAGGGAACUACUGCUGCUGCUGCUUGACACCUGCCCAGGAGUAGGCAGAGUGCCCCUGGGAGCUGGGGCCUGCUCCUGAAAGAAGCUUCUCCUUGGGGAGCCAAAAAGCUCCAGGCCUCCAUCUUGAGCCAGGGUUUGGGGUGCUCCGAGUGUCCCUUGUGUGCUCUGUUGCUGUUACACGUCCAUGUUUCUUUGAACUCCAAAAGCUUUUAGUCUGUAUUAAAAUAAAACCUGAUAUUGGUAGCUCAGGAUCUUUGGUCCUGCGGUGCAGAGGA